CUUCUCCAUAGUUUAUUAAAUAUUUUUUAUGUUUUUGUAUUAUUAUUAUUUUACUUGAAUACCAUAAACAUUUUCUCUGCGAACACAUUUGUGUAUAUUCAGUCAGAAUGUCCCAUAGCUGUCGUCUGCUUUGUGGAUUUUUGAUGAGCUGCAUCGGCUGGACUGGUAUUAUAAUAGCGACCUCAACAAACGACUGGGUGGUGACCUGUAAAUACGGCAUGCACACCUGCAGGAAGAUGGAUGAGCUGGAGACCAAGGGCUUGUGGACAGAGUGCGUUAUCUCUACUGCUCUCUAUCACUGCAUCUCACUCAACCAGAUCCUCGAUAUACCAGCUUACAUCCAGACGUCUCGCGCUCUAAUGGUCUCCGCCUCUCUGCUCGGUCUGCCGGCUCUGGCUCUCGUGCUGCUGGCGAUGCCGUGCGUCAAACUGAGCCAAGAGACUGAAGACACCAAACACAGACGCGCAGUCCUGGGAGGACUUCUUAUACUGUUCAUAUCUCUGUGUGGGAUGGUGUCGACGGUGUGGUUCCCCAUCGGAGUGCUUCACGAGGACGGACUGAUGUCGUUCGGAUUCUCCCUGUAUGCUGGCUGGGUCGGUUCAGCCCUUUGUUUUUUUGGCAGCUCUGUGAUGAUUUGUUGCUCAAGGGGCGACGGCCCAAGUCAAAAUCUUGAAAACCGCUACUACUACUCAAAACACAGCGGAGUUACCAACUCCGGCCCUCCUGUUAACAACCAUGCCAAGAGCGCACAUGUGUGAGAGUGAAGAC